AUGGUCGACGAUAUACCAACCAUCCCUACCCCAGACACAUAUGUGAAUACCCCAGAUAGCCAUGUCCGAAUCACCAACUUCCCCGAGUCGGCUCCAGGGGUGACGCCCAUCCAGAUUGUUACGCUCAACCGACCCGACAAGCUCAAUGCAAUUACAGGCAACAUGAUCUAUGCUCUUAUUACCUUUUUCUCGACCGUCGAUGUGGAUAACCGGGUCAAAAUCGUCAUCCUAACAGGCGCGGGCAGAACAUUUAGCGCUGGAAUCGACCUUACUAUGGACACAAGCAAAGCCAAGGACUCGUUGCCGCCGAGUGAGAUGCGAGACCCAGGCGGAACCUUGGCACUUGCUAUGUUCAACUGCAGCAAGCCCAUUAUCGUCGCAUAUAAUGGUCUUUCCCUUGGGAUUGGCAUGACGUCCACUCUGGCCGCCACCAUCCGUAUCGCAUCGCGAGAAACAGAAUUUGGCUUCCCUUUUUCGCGCAUUGGCCUCACCAUGGAGUCUUGCAGCUCGUUUUUCCUACCCCGGAUGGUUGGCUACAGCAAUGCAACAUACCUGCUGGCCACGGGGAAAAGAUACCCCGCUCACUCUCCGGUUCUACACGGAAUCUUUGCGGAGCUGUUGCCCGAACCCAAGGAUGUUAUGCCACGUGCGCUUGAGCUCGCUCAGGAUAUCCUUGAAAACGUGAGCACGAUGGCCGUUCAUCUGAAUCGACAGCUUAUCUGGCGGAAUCCUGGAACUGCAGAAGGUGCUCACCUGGUGGAUAGUCCGCUGAUGUAUGACAUGUUUGGCGGAAAGGACCACCUCGAAUUCAAGGCAUCCUUCUUUGGGAAGCGUAAGCCAGCGUUCAUGGACGUAUUGUCCAGAAAUGCGCCACGGACAUAUCCCUGGUGGAAGAAGCUGUCAGUGCAAAGAACAGCUAAGGCCCAGGCUCGUCUGGACAACAAACUGUGA